GGUACCGUUACCUUGGGAGUCCGGUCCUCCGCUUCUCCCUCUAUUUAAACAUCCCCUCUCUCCACCAGUCUCCCACCACCUCCACCGUUCUCAAGUCUCCUGGAAAUCCUUCUUCCUCCCUCUCCUUCCAAAACCCUGAGACUCUCAAGAUUUCUAAAGGAAGCUUCACUGUUUCCUCUCUUGAUAUCUUUCCAUCUGCCGCCAUGACCAUCUCUUCCCUUGCGCAUGCGAACGGAGGGGGCCAGGAGGCCAAUGGCAAAACUCCUGCCGCCGCCCCCUUCAAGGUCUUCGUGGGGUACGACUCCCGCGAGGACGUAGCCUUCGAGGUCUGCCGCCACUCCCUCCUCAAGCACGCCUCCGUCCCGGUCGAGGUGAUCCCUUUGAAGCAACCGGAGCUGCGCGCCGCCGGGCUCUACAACCGUGAGCGCGAUCCCACCGAGAGCACCGAGUUCUCCUUCACCCGCUUCCUCACCCCCUACUUCGCCGGAUACCGGGGCUGGGCCAUGUUCGUGGACUGCGACUUCCUCUACACGGCCGACAUCAAAGAACUCAUCGAUCUCAUCGACGACCGCUACGCCAUCAUGUGCGUCCACCAUGAGUACGCUCCCAAGGACAGCGUCAAGAUGGACGGCGUGGUCCAGACCGUGUACCCUCGCAAGAACUGGUCCUCGAUGGUCCUCUACAACUGCGGGCACCCCAAGAACCGGGUGCUGACGCCGGAGCUCGUGAGCUCCGAGACCGGAGCGUUCCUCCACCGCUUCAUGUGGCUGGAGGACUCCGACAUCGGGUCGGUCCCCUUCGUGUGGAACUUCCUUGUGGGGCACAACAAGGUCGAUGAGGAGGACCCCAAGACGUUCCCCAAGGCCAUACACUACACUCUUGGGGGGCCCUGGUUCGAGGCCUACAAGGACUGCGAGUUCGGUGACCUCUGGGUCAAGGAGCUGGGGGAGGUGAAAAAGGUGAUUGAGGUUUAAGCUAAGAGCCAAAUGUGGUGGAAGCAAUAUAAAUAGUAACUUGAUAAGGAAUCGUCGUAUGCCUCCCUUUCAUUCCACCAAAAAAAUAACAAUAAUAAGGAAUCCUAGUAUGAGAUCUUGUUUAAUCUCGCUCUUCUUGUAAUUUCUUGCAUGCAUGUGUUUGGUUUCAUUUACUUGCAGCAAGGAUUGCCUUCUUAGCUACAAUAAGUGAAUUGGAAAUGUGGGAACUCAUGAGGUCCCGUGUGCUUGAAUAAUGUAUUUGAGUUGGUGCAAAUUAUGAGAAUAUGCAAAUUAGCGAUAUCUUUA